AUGAACAUCAUCUCAAGCAUGAAAGACUCUCUACCAGAGGCAACAACACAAAGCUACGACCGCAUCAAAGAUUUGAAGGCUUUCGACGAAACGAAAGCCGGCGUCAAAGGACUCAUCGACUCCGGCAUAAGGAAUAUUCCGAGAAUCUUCAUCAGGCCGUCCGACGAGAUCGCCGCCGAUCAGAAGUACUCCAACAAUACUCAGCUACAUAUCCCUGUAAUAGAUCUCAGUGGAAUCGGAGAAGACGACAAACACAAGAAAAUCGUCGGCCAAGUGAAACGCGCAUCGAAAGAUUGGGGAUUUUUCCAAUUGGUGAACCACGGAAUCUCCGAGAACGUUCUAGAAGGUAUGAUGGACGGAAUCAAAAGAUUCCAUGAGGAAGAUGCCGAUGUGAAGCUAGGGUUUCAUUCUCGUGAUUUGAUGAAGAAUGUCAAGUACUCGAGCAACGUCGAUCUGUAUCGGUCAACUGCUGCUAAUUGGAGGGACUCGUUGACCGUUUCUUUGCCCAAUUUUGACCCCAUUGAACCCCUUGACUUGCCUCUAAUUUGCAGGGAUUCAACAAUCGAGUACAUCAAUGAAGCCACGAAGCUAGCACAAACUUUACUUGAGUUGCUAUCGGAAGCUCUUGGCCUAAAACCCGAACACCUAGCAUCCAUCGAAUGUGGCAAAGGGCGCACUUUCAUCGGCCACUAUUAUCCACCCUGCCCCGAGCCAGAACUUACUAUGGGCGCCGGGGCCCACACAGACCCGGCUUUCUUAACAAUUCUAUUACAAGACCAAAUUGGCGGACUACAAAUUCUCCAUCAUUCUUCGCCGGAAAAUGUGUAUGCUCCGAUUAAUGAGGUGGUAUCGGAGAAGAAUCCACCUCGGUAUAAGGAGUUUACGGUGAUUGAUUAUAUUUCAAAGUUUAUGUCGAGGUCGAUUGAAGAAUCCGGGCUUCGUCAGUUUAGGUUGCAAGAGUAGAAAAAUAAAAAGGUCCAAAUGAUAAACUGAUGUUGUAAUAAAUGUGUAAUAACAUCUUUAUAUAUGCUGCAAAAAUUCUAUGUGCUAUGACAACAAAUAAAAGAUUAUCUGGAUUUGUU